AGAAGUGAAACUUAAUUCUUGGUCCGUGGCGAUCUUUCCUCCCCCAAAAGAAAAGUUUUCUCCAUUAAUCCAAGCUAUGGCAUUUCCGUAACAUCUCCUCGGCUGCCUUGUAGACUAUAUCUACAAUAUAUAUAAACUGACAGCAGCCAACUUCCUUGGCGACAACACGCACGCGGCCAAACGCGACGCCUCCGCUCUCAAACCUGCCGGCGAAGCAAAAACAAAUCGGAAAACGGAAUACUCCUCCUUUCUGAUGACAGAGAGGAGGAACGGCGGAGCGGCCGAGACCACCGGACGACAAGGCCCAGGCGGCGGCGGCUGCGGCGAGAGGGACCAUGACUAGGGCUCUAACCAGGAAUUCGCUAAUGGCGGCCGUCGGCCUCUGGACGAGGCUGAGAUCCGGACCUGUUCUCUCAUCCUAUUACCAUUUGUGCGGAAAAUAUGGCACCUCUGGCUGCAAGAACGGGCAGCGCCACCAGGAGUACUCCACCGAAUCGGCCGCGGCCGAGGUGGAGGUGGCGGAGGGGUUGCGGCCGCUGCCGGGAGGCGGUGGUGGCUGGGAUUUCGUGGGAGCGAGGGAGUAUCUGGAGUAUAGAAGGGCCUUGUAUGGAGAGAUCACGCACAAGGCCGUCCUCGUGGACGCCGUCGGCACCCUCGUCGUCCCCUCUCAACCGAUGGCUCAGAUUUACAGGAAUCUUGGUGAGAAAUAUGGCGUCCAGUACUCAGAAGAUGAGAUAUUGAGUCGGUACCGUUGGGCCUAUGAGCAGCCAUGGGGCAGAUCUCGGUUGAGGUAUGUGGCUGAUGGGAGGCCCUUUUGGCAAUUCAUAGUUACUUCUUCUACAGGGUGUUCAGAUUUACAAUACUUCGAAGAGCUGUAUCAAUACUAUUCAACAGAAAAGGCUUGGCAUCUUUGUGAUCCUGAUGCAGAAAAAGUUUUUCAAGCUUUGAGAAAGGCUGGAGUGAAAACAGCUAUAGUCUCGAAUUUUGACACCCGCUUACGGUCUCUGCUGCAAGCGCUAAAAUGUGAUCACUGGUUUGAUGCAGUUGCGGUGUCAGCUGAGGUAGCAGCUGAAAAGCCCAACCCGACAAUAUUUUUGAAGGCGUGUGAGUUGUUGGGAGUAAAACCUGAGGAAGCAGUGCAUGUCGGUGAUGAUCGCAGGAAUGAUAUAUGGGGAGCUAGGGAUGCAGGUUGUGAUGCAUGGCUUUGGGGCAGCGAUGUCCACUCUUUCAAGGAGGUUGCCCAAAGAAUUGGUGUCCAAGUUUGAGGAAGCAGUCAUGCUCAUGCCGCCAAAAAAAAAAUAGUGAGGAAGAAGGGAGAUGUAUCAGGAAAAUGAGAUCUUCAUGAAUUUUCAGUUUCUGAAGUUGGAAAUAAUUAUGUGAACUUGGCUAUCCAUCAUAACUAUCUACUACGAUAUUUUGCUGUUGGGAAUACUGUAACAUGAGCAAGGAAAAUGCAAGUCCCUUUGAGAAAAAAGAGAGAAGAGUAUGGGAUAUGUAACAAAAAAAAGAAAAUCUUCUCUCGAGGGAGCUACCUAAUCUAGACUAGAGUAUGUUCAUGGAAUUUUGAAAUAGAUUUGAGUUGGCCU